GAUCCUCAAAGAUUUGAUCGAAGAAGUUUCCAUCGAGGGAUCGGACCCAGUUGGGAUUGGAGUAAGGAGCAGCUCUGGGCUGUGGUUGUGCUGCUGUUGGAGGAAGAGAGAGUCGAAGAAGCGAUUCAGAAGAUGUCCUCUCAGAAGAAGGCACCCGUGUUUAUAUCAGUUUAUGUGGUGAAGCCUAGGCGGUCAACUGAUCGUCAGAGGCCCUACCACCACCACCACCAUCACUAUCACCACGUUCACCAUCAUCAACGUGGUGGUUAUGAUCGGAAGGCUGAGCUUCUUCAGCAUUGCCAACGGUUGAGGACCAGUGCCCACCGUGAACAAACACCUUCCACCCCCAAAACCAGCUCCAGGCUUACUUCUAACAAGAUUAUUCCACUGUAUCGCAAUCCGAGUAUUCGAAGGAACCCGACGUGCUUAGGGAAUUGGAGGAGGUUGCUGAUACCGGGAUUCAUUCUGAGACCAGGUGUUAUCUUCAGAAGGAAAAAAGAGAAGAAGAUGGCAGUCAAGAAGAUGAGUGAUUCUAUGGGAAACACAAUGCUUCUAAUUGCAAAGAACAUAAGGGUUGAGAAGCAGCAGGGAUUUGUUAAGAAGCUUCUCUCCACUUUUAGAAGACGUAAAUGAUCAUAUUGUGAUUUGAUGGAUGAAAUUGAUUUGGUGAUAAUGUAAUAUGAUUUUUGUGUGAGUUGCUUUACAAACUCCCGAUAAAAAAAAAAUUAACGUGAGGAAAUUAGUUAAACUAGAUUUCUAUAACUAUUGUUGCUGUUCGUAAUAUUCACAGUUUCUUAAGGAGGGACGAUGGAAGGGAUUAUUAUCUUCAUUGAUAAUUCGGUGUAAGAUUCCAAGGAUAACUGUUAGAUUUUGGCUCUUGGAUGUACAACUUAUACCAAAU